UAUACCUACUCCCUUCCCCUCGCAGCUUCUCAGCAAGCCCGCGGGAGCCAGCCGCUUGCCUUCCUGCCCGCCACGCCACCCCACCCCGCCACUGCUGCCAGGAGCUGAGGGAGCCGCGAAGCCGGCGACAUGUCCGACAACAAGAAGCAAAGGAUGAAUCUCCAUAGGUCCACCAAUGUGGUCUACCAAGCUCACCACGUUAGCAGGAGUAAGAGAGGGCAAAUCGUGGGCUCAAGAGCUGGCUUUCGAGGCUGUACAGUGUGGCUCACAGGUCUUUCUGGCGCUGGAAAGACAACCAUUGGGUUUGCACUUGAAGAGUACCUUGUGUCUCAUGGCAUCCCUUGCUACUCCCUUGAUGGGGAUAACAUUCGUCACGGUCUCAACAAAAACCUUGGCUUCUCUGCUGAUGACCGAGAAGAAAAUAUCCGUCGCGUUGCUGAAGUCGCCAGGCUGUUUGCCGAUGCUGGACUUGUUUGCAUAACAAGUUUCAUUUCUCCAUUCUCAAAGGACCGCCAGAAUGCAAGAAACAUUCAUGAGACAGCUGGACUUCCUUUCUUUGAAAUCUUUGUGGAUGCUCCCCUGAGUAUCUGUGAGAGCAGGGAUGUGAAAGGCCUUUAUAAAAAAGCACGAGCUGGAGAAAUAAAAGGAUUCACUGGAAUUGACUCAGAUUAUGAGAAACCAGAAGCGCCUGAAAUUGUGCUGAAAACCAACAUAUAUUCUGUCACUGAAUGCAUCCAGCAGAUUGUGGAGCUCUUGCAAGAUCAGAACAUUGUUCCGCCAACUGCAAUCAAAGAUGUCCUUGAACUGUUUGUCCCUGAAAAUAAUGUUGAACAAGCUCAGGCUGAAGCCGAUACACUGCCUUCUGUGAAGAUUACCAAGUUGGAUCUACAGUGGGUUCAAGUCCUAAGUGAAGGUUGGGCCAGCCCAUUGAAAGGAUUUAUGCGGGAGAAAGAAUACUUGCAAGUUAUCCAUUUUGGCACCUUGCUUGAUGGAAGGGGUAGAGUUGAUAUAUCCGAGCUUGAUGGCGUUAUUAACCUGACCAUUCCAAUUGUACUACCAAUAACUACGGAAGACAAGAAACGCCUGGAAGGAUGCGAUGCGUUUGCACUGGAGUACAACGGGCGGAGGGUGGCCAUACUGCAAAAUCCGGAAUUUUUUGAGCACAGGAAAGAAGAACGUUGCGCACGUGUUUGGGGGACCACAUGUGCAAAGCACCCGCAUGUAAAGAUGGUGAUGGAAAGUGGAGACUGGUUGGCUGGUGGAGACCUCCUUGUAUUAGAGAGAAUUAAGUGGAAUGAUGGGCUGGACCAAUACCGCUUGACUCCCUUGGAGCUGAGACAGAAGUUCACAGAAAUGAAUGCUGAUGCGGUGUUUGCUUUCCAGCUGCGCAACCCUGUGCACAACGGACAUGCCCUGCUGAUGCAGGAUACCAAACGGCGCCUCCUUGAGAGGGGCUAUAAACAUCCUGUGCUGCUCUUGCACCCUCUCGGGGGAUGGACCAAGGAUGACGAUGUACCUCUCGAGUGGCGCAUGAAGCAGCAUGCUGCAGUGCUGGAGGAGCAUGUGCUAGAUCCAAAGUCCACCAUUGUGGCCAUUUUCCCUUCUCCAAUGUUGUAUGCUGGACCAACAGAGGUCCAGUGGCACUGUCGGGCUCGGAUGAUUGCUGGAGCCAAUUUCUACAUUGUCGGCCGAGAUCCGGCAGGUAUGCCUCACCCAGAGACCAAGAAAGAUCUGUAUGAACCCACACAAGGUGGGAAGGUGCUCAGCAUGGCUCCAGGACUGAACUCUGUGGAAAUCAUUCCCUUCCGAGUAGCAGCAUACAGCAUAGUACAAAAGGCGAUGGUCUUCUAUGAUCCGGACAGGCACAAUGAAUUUGACUUCAUUUCUGGCACACGCAUGAGGAAGUUGGCUCGUGAAGGCGAAAACCCCCCUGAAGGAUUCAUGGCGCCGAAAGCUUGGAAAGUGUUAACUGAGUACUACAUGUCACUGGGAAAAAAUAAUUAAUUUUGCUUUUAUCCAAGUGCAUCUUGGUUUUUAAAGAUGGGCUCUUUCAAUUGAUUUAUAUGCUGUUCUACAUCUUCUACUUUGAAAUUUUCUGCUGUUUGUGGGCAUUUUCUUCCCAGCUUUCCCCCCUCUGGAGUUACUAGGAAAUUUCCUCUUAAUUUCAAAGGAAAGCCACAGAAGAGAUUUUAUUGUACAUAUAUAUAUAUAUAUAAAGAGAUUAUGGGAGUCCAAAGCCAUACACUGAUUUAUCACAGCCUUUCAAAAGAGGUUGUCUGUGAACUGUGCAGAAUUAUGCAGCUGAAAAAUUUGGAGUUAUUUAUCUGUUCUUCUUUGUUGCUUUUAAUUAAUUGUAUUGAGCAAGCUGGGGAUGAAAUAGGACUUUUGCUCCUCCUCCUUCUGAGCAGCAGUAAAAGGGAAGUUUACCUUCUGCUUAACUUUGGCAUGGCCUAUCAUAUCCCUUUCAGCAGGUUGAUGUGACAGUUAUUGUUUUUUUUAAUUAUGGUGAUUAUUAAUAAACACCAGCAUCCUGAUUCAUCUGCAGAAACCCUCAUCAUUCCACACCAGCUUUCUCCCAUCAACCCAAAUCAAUUUUCAAACCAUUGCAAGAAAUUUGGAGAGUCCUGGGAAGUUGAUUUAACACUUAGCAGUGGUUGCAGAGCCAGCUCAGAGCGCUUUGUUGUCUGAGGCAGAACAGCAAACAGUGCCCUGCCCUCCAAAGUGCAUAGUAUUUUGGCACCUGAGGCAGAAAAUUUGCUGUACAGUUCAGUUAGCUAGAGCAUGGUGCUGAAAAAACUAACGUCGCAGGUUUGAUCUCGCUAUGGGACAGCUGCACAUUCCUGUAUUGCAGGGGGUUGGACUAGAUGAUCCUUGGUGUUCCUUCCAAGUACCUUUUUCUCCAACCUGGCAACAAUGUGUAAUAUGAAUAUUCUGUUACUACAAUUUAGCCCCUAUAGCUAUUACUCCCUCCAUUGUUUUACUUUUGAACUCCUAGAUUUUUACACAUUGGACCGUAAACGUUGCAGGUGCCGUGAGGGAACUAGGGUGUUGUGGUCUGAAGUUGAUACCAUGAAUCCUUUGCUGAGGUUUGUCUGCCGCAUUCAAUAUGUGAAGCUCUUUGGAACAGCCUGGAACUUUUAUUGAAUCCAAGCUUUUCAAGUGAACCCCUAGCCUUCAUGAAUGCAGACUGGAUGUUGUAUUGGCAAAGAUUGUUCCAUAAUGCAAAACAGAUCAGCCAUCCCUGGGGCUAUAUGGGAACUCCAGCUGCUAGUCAUGUUCUCACAAUUUAGCAAUAGUUGCACUAAACCUCAUUGAGGUUUCUGGUUAAUCUAAGGUUCUUCCGAAAUGUGAUCUAGGCAUUCGAGUGCAAGUUAUACAAAUAUUAAUACGCUUACAAAAGCAGUGGUUGUUUGUGCCAGUGCUUCAGUAGAUUGUGACUGCAUAUUAAAUUUAUUAUGAGACUUUAGCAUAGAGGGGGGAGAAAGCAUGAUAUGUUCCUUCUCUUCAGUCUUAACUUGUAGUUAAAAUAAAAAAGGCACUUGAAGCCCAACACCACGUUAGGCUCGAGAGCUAGCACACUGGUAACAGUCCACCUUAUUCUUUCAGAAUAGUAACUAAAUAUUUCCCUAGUCUACUAAAAAUGCCUUUUUUAACAGUGCAUUCCUACCGUUGCUUACUCAGCAGUCUCAUUAAGUUUAACGCCGCUUACUCUCAGAUGUGUAUAGGAUUGCUGCCUUAAUUUCUUUCACAUGUGAACAUAGUUCAUGUGGAAUACAAAGAGAAAUGUAUUUUAUAGCCCAUGUAGGUUUUACAUUCAAAUUACAGAUUCUGGAACUGCAGCGUGUGCUUUGGUUAUGAAAAGCAUCCAUAGAUUUAGAAGAGGAACCAGAUGCUCUUCUGUAAGCAGAGAGAGUCCCAUCUAUUUGUCUUGGAGAAGAGGACAGCUUAUCCGCAGAAUUCACAAAAUGGUGGUGGUAGUAGUAGUAGUUGGAUUUAAGACAACACAAACCCAUUGAAGUCAAUUUCACCAAAUCCACCUGAUCUGAAUUUUAUUCAGUCAUGCAAGGGACAGAGCAUAGAAGCAGGCAGUACUUGUAUAUGUAAAGUUGCUGUAAAAGGUAAGAAUAUAACAGGUUAAUGAAAGUAGACGGGGCCCAAACCCUUCUCCCAUGUGAGCAGAUUGCAUAUGUGGGACUCCCUCCCUUCCUGCUCUUCUUCUGCUAAGUCUUCCUCCCAUAUGUUGAGAUCUGAGCUGGCCCAACAGAGGCCCUAGGCCAGGGCAUGGACCAGAUUGCGCCCAAACUUUGGCCAAGUGUUUAAGUCAAAUACAAAUUGCAAACUUAAAAAAAAGAUCUGCCUUUCCAUCUGCCUUAUCUAGGAAUGAAAUAAUAUGGUUUCCAAAGAUUGUGAAAUUAUAUUCUUAUUUUUUGUAGCAAUCAUGCAACACACACAUAUUUACUGUCCCAAAAUUUUAUUUGAGAAUGCCUUUUAACGGUUCCACCUUUUAAAGUUUUGGAAUCCUCAUGAUAAAAACCCUAAAAGUAUAGUAGGGCUGCAUCCAAAAGUUGUUCUGCUGGAGCAGGGGUCUGCAACCUGCGGCUCCGGAGCCGCAUGUGGCUCUUUUACACCUUUGCUGCGGCUCUGGAGCGGAUACGAGGGGAGGAGGCGUCCGAGACAUGCGCCGCCUGAGCCAUGCGGUGGCGCCCGCCAGACACUCUCGCGGUGCCCACCGCCGCCGGAGCACACAGCGCACUCCGCUGUGCGCAUGCGCUGUGCAAAAAGGACGCAAGGUGACGUUAGCAGCCCGGGGAGCGUGGUCAGCCCCCUCCCUGCAUCAGCCCCUCCCCGCCGCAUUUCUGCAGCCAAUAGGCUCACGGGGGGGGGCGGGGGCAGAGUUAUUUAUUUUUUUAAACGGGCGCGCUUCUUCCCGCCCAGCAGCAGAAAAGGCUUGCGGGCUCGGAGCGCGUGUUUGCUGCUGCUGCUCCUGCCUGUGGCCUCCUGCCGGCCUGGUCAGGAGAUUGAGGUAGAUGUAUUAAUCAAUGGGUUGAUUCAAUAUGAGGAAAUUUUAUAAGUUCACUUGAUGGGAGCAACACACAUGAAACCAUACAGGUGUCCUAAUAAGGGAGUCAGAGUUUUGCCCAUUCCCAGUAAUCAAGGCAGCCCAAACUCAUAAGGCAGUGGUUGCUGGUGCCCAUUCCCAGUACUGUAAUCAAGGCAGCCCAAACUCAUAAGGCAGUGGUUGCUGGUGCCCAUUCCCAGUAAUCAAGGCAGCCCAAACUCAAAGUUAUUUUUAUAAUGACGAGGAUGACAUUGGGCCCUCAUUAUUAAUUAUUAUUUACAUCAGGCACUGAUUAUGAUUUAUGGUACACUGGGGCCCUGAUUAAUUUUCUAUGGCAUUUUGGGGCUUUAUUGGGCAUAGCAAAUUUUGCUAUGGGGCCCUCUGAUUUCUAAUUACGUCCCUGUUUUGCGGCUCCCAGUUUAUUUUUUUUCUUCGGAAACGGGUCCAAGUGGCUCUUUUUGUCUUAAAGGUUGCAGACCCCUGUGCUGGAGCAAGGACUUUUGCUUGUGCACUAGAACUCCCCCCCCCUAUGCACCCCAAAUCUGUUCUGGUGCUUCCCCCAAAACUCCAGAACAGAUUUGUGGUUGGGGGUGCGACAGCAUUCAGGAAGAGGAAGGAGAAGUUCCGUUGUGGAAGCAGGCGUCCUUGUGCUGAUGGGAUGACUUGGUCAGAUACAGCCCAUGUGUUCUUACAACUUGUGUGAAACGAAUGCAGCCACUGGGCAGAGAGCAUCAACUGUUUUUGCUGCACGGCAGGCUUGCAUGGGAUCUCCUGUAAACUGCAAUGAAUUAACUAGAGAUUAAAACUCAGCUAAUGUAUAUUAACAAGAGUGCCUUUUAUAUCCAAGCCCUCUGGAAGGGACCUUGAAGAUAGAAACAAUCUUGCCAUUUUAUAAUUUAAUUGAUAUUUUAAAUAGUGUUUAUAUAUUUCUUUUCUUUUUAACCUUAUACUACGAUAUCCAUUGCCAUCAGUUCAAAUAUAUAUGGGGUACUACUCAUUUUAAAUGGUUAAAGAAGAAUAUUCUGUAAUAUUUUAUCACAUAUUUAUUACAGACACGAGACUGGAAUGUAUGCCUUAAUAUAUAGUCUUCUGAAUUUCAUAUACUACUAGAAUUUGCUUUUAAUAUCAAUAAAUAUUUCUAUGUUUCACUAUUUCCUGCCAUUUCUUAUUUAUCGAAGGCAAAAACUUGCUGCCUACUGUCUGCAACCCCAAAAGCCAUUGGCUAAGAUGCUGUGAUGUCAUGGAAUGUUCUGUGUGGCACUGUGUCAUGCUGAGGGUGAAGUUGCCAGCAGUAGAAUGUUGUCAGAGUACAACUUGGAAGAAGGUGAAGCUUCAUUUACAAAGGCAGAAGAGCUAUGUGCUGUUACUAGGAAGGCAAGAUAGAGGCAGGAACAAACGGGGUGUUUGUACGCAUUGUGCAGAGUGAAGGCAGAGAACAGAAUAGGAAGCAAUCACAUGGCAAGCUUUUGCUAAAAAGCAUGAUGUUAAGUAUUUUAAAUCAAAAGGAGAGCUAAUUGAGUCAGUAAGAUGAUUCCAUGGAAGUGUCUCGGAAGCACUGAGCAGAAGCACAGAGAGAGCUCAGGAAAAAACCCAAAGGGGAGACAGAUACUUCUGGCAGCUGAUUUUCCCCUGCCUUUCCUUAUCAUACUCAUUUUCCAUGCAGCUGACCAUCUUUGUUGCCCUCCUGUCAAUUCAUUCCAGUUUGCUUACGAAUUUCACAGUGUAACACUCAGAACGAGAGACAGUCCUUCAGCCUGAAUGAAACACCAUGAGCUUAAGGGUCAGAAGUAAGUUGCAAAAGGAAACCAAUAAUUCUCCUGAAUUUUGAAAAGACAAGCAAAGGCCCUUGGGGAGGCCAACAUUACAACUUUCUACAAGGGUCGUACAAAUUAUGCUCGGGCAUUCAAGGAGGCAGACUUAAUUCAAAACGGCAUUAACUCAAAUCCAUCCGCAUUCUGCUUGCCAUCACUCCCAAUGCAAGUUUCCUUUUAUAAAAGGUAUGGGAACUCCUAAUUUGGAUUGGGGUUAUAAUGGCAGCAGGGAUAGAGCCGUGCUAAACCAAAUGCCCCUCUAGUCUUACUAUAGUGUCACUGAGGGAAAAGCUUACUACUGAAUAAAGCUGCACUGCAAAAUCCUAUUAACGUAUGUUCAACCAACUUGACAUCUUUGCAAAGGCAGGGAAAACAUGCAGGCUGAAGACUGCAAUCCUAAACACACUAACAGCAGCAACUCAAGCAGGGUUAUCUGGGGUACAGCUCACAGCCAACACAGACAGAAAGGGGGAGACCCCUACCCUCCACCUCCGCCCGAGGCCACCCACAGCUUCUUUUACAAAAUGAACAUUACAUUUGUGUGCAGUUUGCCUCUUACUGGGGGGGAUCCAUACCACCCUAAUGGAAGAAUCUUCUUGGGAAAUGAAAUGGAACACAAAGACAGAGCUGGACUUCGAAAGGAGGCCAGAUAAGAGUUUUAUUUCUUUCCCUCUCAUUUACAUUUCACCAUGAAUACGUGUACUUUUGCUUGAUCCUAAAACCCAUGUGGAAAAAUGUUUUUGCUGCAGCACACAGAAAAAAAGCACAGUUGCAAAUGUUUUGCUACAAUCAUCAUCAAGCUUAUUGCUUUGUCAUCCAUUUAAACAUAGUCAAGGCCAGUCUCAUUUGUCACACCAUUUUAUUUAUUUAUUUGGGGGUUGGGACCCUACAGAUAACAAUUCUUGGUUAACGGCAGUAGCUGUAUUGUUUUCUCCUGGGACCUGAGGAACUCUGCUUUGCAUUCAGGUAGGAGCAGGUGUGCCUUGGCGACAAAGCACUUUGUUCGUUGCUUAUAUUUAAAGUACCAUAUUUUUCUGUGUAUAAGACUAGGUUCACCCCCUAAAAAAUAAUGUCAAAAAUUAGGGGGCAUCUUAUACACAGAUAUAUCUAACCCCAUUUUCUUAAAUCCGAGUCAACCAAAAAUAGGGGGCCUCUUAUAGACAGGAAAAUACGGCAACUCACCAAAGCAGCGCUUCCUCAAGCGAAUGGGAGAAAUUAGUGAAAAGAAAGACAACUUUUCAGCUUUCAAAACGAGGAAGGAAAAGCAAUGGCCACCCACAAAACUACUGUUCGCAGGUCCAUUUUAGACAUCUUUCUGUGUUGGAGAAGCAAGUAUAGACUCCUUCCCUCCUCCUCCACACACAGCAGGAGCUCCAUGUACAGCUACAUGGUACAUGACAUGUACACCUGACCUUUCCUCUGUCUCUUUUCCAAGAAGUGCACACACUAAGCCCCAACCCCACGUUAAGUGCAU